AUAAACCUCUCGAAGGCGUGCUAUACGGCCACAUGGGACUUAUCUUAUCGGCUGCCGGCUACAAAAUGCUAACAAACCGAAGGCAGAAGUAAAAGCCGUCGAACGCUGGACAUUAGUUCGCCGACAGUAGGAGAUUUGUGAUCUGCAUGCGCCCAUUGAUUACCAGUUUUAGGUUACAGCAAACGUGCAAUCCGCAACGACUUGGUCCAAAAUGUCCGGCGAGAUUCAGCAAACGUCCCGCGCCGGUAUGUGGUUCUUCGUGAACAUACCCAAAGAAGAAUCCCAGGCCGCCAAAGAACGGGAAGAAGCUAAAACGGAGGACUCCGAGGAUGUUGACAAAGAAACAUCCACUGGCAGCGAAGGUCACACCUCAUUGAAGCAGUCGCUGAAGGAGUGCCUGGAGUGCUACAAGAUCACCAAUGCCGUCUGGUGCACGACCGAAGCGGACAAGUUCUACCAGGUAUGCUUCCCAUGUGAACCUGGAGCGCUCACAGACUCCAUCCUCCACGACCUCACGACGAGGGGCAUUGGCAGUAAAUAUGACUCGAGUGUUGGUGUCAUGCCGUGUCCAAUAUUUUUCAAGCGGAUGGAGAAUGACGAUGCAGAAACGAUAUCACAGCGCGAGGAGAAAGCUGCAGAGGACGUAGACAGCAAAGAAGAACAAAAGCACAGUACAUUUCGUUCUAUGCACAGAAAAUUCUUCAAGUCUGUUACAGCACGGCUUACAGUAGCACAGGUUGUCUCUGGAGUGAGAGCUCAGGGAGAAAUGACCUUCGACUAUGUUGCUUUUGUAAUUCUUGCGGGCAUGAUUGCUGCACUGGGACUGAUGGACAACAAUGUCGUUUCCAUCAUAGCUGCCAUGCUGGUUUCUCCACUGAUGGGCCCCAUCAUGGCUAUCACUUUUGGUAUCAUCAUUCAGGACAAAACCCUGACGAAAGUCGGCCUCAAAACGGAGCUGAUUGGCCUGUUUAUUUGCCUCCUUUUUGGUUUCUGUUUUGGCCUCUUAAAUGCGUUCUGGGGCGAUAUUCCACCGUACGAGGGCACCAGUUGGAGUCCGUCCCGUUGGCCGAAUUCAGAAAUGAGUUCCAGAGGGCACUGGCGCAGUCUUUGGGUCGGAGCCCUUGUGGCUCUGCCUUCGGGGGGAGGUGUUGCCAUGGCGAUAUUAGGAGGGAAUUCGGCUUGCUUGGUAGGCGUUGCCAUUUCUGCAUCUCUCCUGCCACCAAUCAUUAACACAGGUCUGCUCUGGUCGCUAUCCCUCGUCAAGGUGUUCAAGUCCCUGACGCAAGAAAACAUUCUGAUAAACGCCACAGGAACGGUGAUAUCCGUCCCGCAAGCUUUCGUAGCGCCCGCAAACUUCCAACCCUACUACUUCGACCGCUACAGCAUGCACAAGGAGUGCGCGAUGCUCGGAGCGGUUUCCUUCAGCCUCACUGUGGUCAACAUAAUUUGCAUCAUCAUUGCUGGAACUGUGGUCCUCAAGAUAAAAGAAGUGGCCCCGGCUGCAAGUCUCCCGAGCACGCGCAGGUUCUGGAAGCAUGACAUAAAGGUGGCCCGAGACUACAAUAAGAGCUUGGACGGUAUCACAGGAAUGAGGCUUCUCGAAGAAUGGGCCCAAAUGGAGGGGGCAAGUGACGACGACCCUAGCAAAAAGGAAAAUCGUCUACAAGACAUACAGGACAUGAUCGAAGAAGCGGAAGAAGACGACGUCUACAAGACCGUCAAGCAGUAUGUUGCUAAUCAGCCACCGGUGAACUUUGUCAAGCAUCUGGCACGCCAGCUAUCCGUUCCCGAGGGAAAGGCGAAGUACGCCGGCCGUAUGAACGUCUGGGAACUGGAACAUCUCCUCGACGAGUCGGCCGCUGUCGAUGCAAAGCGAGCCAGACAAGCUAGGGUCAGCUUUAAGUUUGGACGCAGUCUUUCUCAAGAAGCCAGCUAUAAGGAAAUGGAUGACCCAGGAAGCCCAGACUCUGAGAAGAAAGAGCACAGCAGACCACGAAGAUUCUUCAGGCUUCGGCCGUCGUCACGUUUCCAAGUGACAAAAGUGAGGGACUCAUGAGGCUGAGUCACUCCCGCAGCGGAUGCAUCGCUGGUAUCGAAGCAGUCCAUCAACGUCAUCCUGAGAACCCACAAAAUUUAAACAAGCCCAGGCUAUAUGGAAUUAAGCACUCUUAAGCACCUAAAAGUUGCUUAAAAGUCCCCAAAUUUCCCUCAACUGGGCGUGACAUCGCUAGAUAUUCCUCCAGAAGGAACUUCCCAGUCCCUAGUCUUUCAAACAGGGGUUCCCCGAUGUGCAGUGACGUGUAUUUCAAGGUCAACGAGUAGUCUAGGUCUUCUGUUUGUCCCUAGAUGGAGCUUGCCUCGGCUUAUUUGCCCGUAUUUCAAGUUCACAGUGUUUCACACAGUACCCCGAGUAAUCUUUCGCAGGCCUCUGUCUCUUAUAGCUGAGGUGAUAGCUAGCACCAAGAAGGAAAUGGAAAAAGAAACACUGCUUCCAAGACUGCAGGACCCACUCGCCUCAAUAGCAGAGAGGGUCAUUGACAAUGCAGAUGGACAGCCAAACGUGCCUAUAUGUAAGACGGUCAAUAUUUUGAAGUGCCUGCAUCAUGUGUGGACACCUCGUGUCUGGAUGGAUGGAUGGUUUGGCACCCCUGGUGGGCCUCUUUGAAACGAGGGUCCAGCAAAAAACAGCGAACUGUGCGGACAUGCUAAAAAAUUUCUUCGCCAGGCUUUGUUCCAGUUUAAAAUUAUUCCUCUUUACCGACAGGGUGUGCGGUAUGCCCCGAUUUUCCUUUUGAGCUGAAUUUGAAGGUGCUGCCUUUUCCACAGAUUACUUACUUACUACUUAUUAGACUUACAGCUGUAUAGUCAAUGUUGCCAACUAUUUUGCCACUUGCUUGACAGUGGCUGUGACAACUGCUGGAGGAACUACUUUACAUCACACAUGAUUAUGUAGUGUGUGUGUGUAAUUUUGUUUGUUUGUAGGUUGCUCUUCUGGCAGCAAUGUUGUGUUCCUGUUUUGAAACUGUAGGGUUCAGAUAAUGGCCAUACUGGAACAUCAUCUCAGCUAUACAAGGAGUAGAAGGAAUACGGGUGUAUGCCUCUUUCAACAGUGAAUAUGCAUGUGUUGUUCUAAUACAGUACUGCACCUGGCAAAUAACAGCAACAUCUAGUUAGUUUAUAUGUGCGGUACUCCUUUACGAUAGUGUUAGGAUAGAAAGUGCAUUUUCAGACCAUGACCCAAAACAUGAAGCAACAUGGCACGAGGCUAAGAACUUCCAAGCAAGUGCAGGUGACUGGAAGAAAGCAUGUGUUGCAGAAUCAUUCUUUCCAUCCGUGCAGGACAUUAAUGAGAAUGCUUUGUAGGAUGUGUGUAUUUUCAAAGUGGCAGUUGGCACCAACACUGUUCUGGAUUGUACCUAAACUUUGCCAUUCAACAAGUCAAACUUUAAUGGAAUCAUUAUUGUGCAAUCAAUGCAAUUGUUGAUUUGUUUUGUCGGUUGUUACAUGUUCACUAGAGAGGUAGCUGUAAUUUUUGACUGCAUGUGACUCAAUGUGGCACAUUUGUGUCCAUGUGACUCUCCUCCGUCCAACUACUGGGCUAUCGGGCUAUUUUGGUGAUCGCAUUUUUUUUCUUUUUGUUAAUUUACUCAUCGAGUCAACGAAAUUACUGUGAUAAGUAUCCUGGCUUGUUUCGUUUGUUGAACUUGUUGACGAAGUUGACAUUCGUUUUGCUGCCUUGUGUACUAUACGAAAUACCUAAAUAAAACUUGUUUCUGCACCCACC